AUGCUCUGUUGGGCGCACUACCGCUUUCGCCAACGUCUAAUUGCUAAGGCAGAGGCGUUGGGACUCAGAAAUAGUAGUCGUCCAAAAGAAAUCCUGAAGAAAGCUGAGAGAGUUGCAAAUUUUGAACAAGACGUUUGGAGCAUCUUUUCACCAUUGGCUGCGCAACUCAAGGCUGUUAACUUGGGACAAGGCUACAUGAACUUUCUUCCGCCUGAUUUCAUAAUCGAGUCAGCAAAAGGUGUAUUUUCAGAUAAUGCUAAUAAUCAAUAUAGUCAUCCGAAAGGAAGAAUACGUCUAAGAAAGGCGUUAGCAAAAGCUUAUGAUCCCUAUUUUCAUAAUAGAAAUCUGGAUCCUGAAACUGAGAUUAUAGUCACUGCUGGGGCGAAUGAAGGAAUAUUUGCAAUUUUUGCUGGAUACUUGGAUGUUGGAGAUGAAGUAAUUUUGAUGGAACCAUUCUUUGAUCAAUAUAUAUCAAAUACCACAAUGAACGGUGGUGUGCCAGUUUACGUGCCAUUGCGUCCAAAAUUCGACGGGAAUAAAGUGAUUUCGUCUAGCGAGUGGCGUCUCGAUAUCAAUGAAUUACGCGCGAAAAUCACUCCAAAAUCUAAAAUUAUUGUACUCAAUACCCCACAUAAUCCUGUUGGAAAAGUGUUUUCAAAAGAGGAAUUGAUUGAAAUUGGACAAGUGGCAAUUAAGCAUAAUUUGCUGAUUAUUAGUGAUGAAGUGUAUGAUCGUUUAUAUUUUAGACCUGACACGCAUGAACGUAUUGCAAAUCUACCUGGGUUAUGGGAACGUACAAUAACAGUUGGUAGUGCGGGGAAAACUUUUGGUGUGACUGGUUGGCGUGUUGGAUGGUUAAUUGGUCACCAUCAUUUAAUAGAGACAGCUCUUGCUGCUCACACAAGAAUUGUUUUUAUUGCGAAUUCUCCACUUCAGGAAGCAAUAGCAAUAGGAUUCGAAAAAGCCGACGAACAUAACUUUUUCGACAACCAAAUAGCCCUCUAUGAAAAGAAACGUGAAAAAAUGAUCCGACCAUUUGCCGACCUCGGACUUCCGUACACCAUUCCCCAAGGAAGUUAUUUCCUUCUGGUAAACACAUCAAAAAUACGCGUCCCUGAAAACUACCAAGUCCCCGAAAUUAUUCAAAAACGUCCAAAAGACUUCAAGACGUGUUACUGGAUGGCAAAAGAAAUCGGUGUAGUCGCUAUUCCGCCCAGUGAAUUUUAUUCUCUCGAAAAUCAGCAUCUUGGCGAAAAUUACGCGAGAUUCGCGUUUUGUAAAACGGACGAGAUGUUGGAUGAGGCGGCGGGGUUGUUGAAGAAGUUGGAGAAUUAUAUUAUUGAUUGA